AUGCUGCUUAGAGCAGCUCGGUUGCCGUGCUGGCAGAGAUCAAGACGACUGGGCCACCCCGGCCUUGCCAUUCCGCGUUCGCCGCCAUGGUUGCACGCGACCUACAGAGCACACCAACACAGAGUGUUUACGUCAGACGGUUCUUCACAAAGGAAAGAUGCAGCGUCCAGUAACCAGGCCGCGUCGGAACAAAGGUCGACGUCGACUACUGCGACGCCGACGUCGCAAUUGGCCGGCGCCAAAGUGAUCCAGAAGCCGACUGGCAGUCCUCAGGAGAAGGCGGUGGCUGCGAAGAAGGGAGACUUACUGAGCGAGUCGACGCUGGCGAGCAAAGAACAGAGAAAGGCUGACUGGGCGAUUAUGAGGGAAAUGGCCAAGUAUCUUUGGCCCAAGGGCGAUUGGGGUACAAAGCUUCGUGUGGCAACAGCGCUGUCGCUGUUGGUUGGAGGAAAGAUCCUGAAUGUCGAAGUGCCUUUCUACUUCAAAAGCAUUGUAGAUUCGAUGAACGUCGACUUUGCAGCGGUUGGAGGCACUGCAUACACAGUGGCUGGGUCUAUGAUUAUAGCUUACGGCGCGACUCGAAUAGGAGCGACUUUGUUUCAGGAACUCCGGAACGCGGUAUUUGCUAGUGUUGCGCAAAAGGCAAUUCGGAAAGUGGCCAAGAAUGUCUUUGAGCACUUGCUUCGACUGGACUUGAACUUCCAUCUGAGUCGUCAGACCGGUGGUCUCACCCGAGCCAUUGACCGUGGAACGAAGGGUAUCAGCUUUCUUCUCACAUCGAUGGUAUUUCACGUUGUCCCGACUGCGUUGGAAAUCUCGCUUGUGUGUGGUAUUCUGACCUAUCAAUACGGUGCACAAUUUGCUGCUAUCACAGCUACGACCAUGGUUGCUUAUACUGCCUUUACUAUAACCACGACUGCCUGGAGAACGAAGUUCCGGAAGCAGGCUAACGCGGCAGACAACCGCGGCGCAACGGUGGCGGUCGACUCCCUAAUCAAUUAUGAAGCUGUCAAGUACUUCAACAACGAGAAAUUCGAGGUUGCGCGUUACGACAAGGCGCUCAAGGCCUACGAAGAUGCCUCGAUCAAGGUGACCACGUCCCUGGCCUUCUUAAACUCAGGCCAGAACAUGAUUUUCUCCAGUGCACUGGCGGCGAUGAUGUAUCUUGCCGCCGACGGCGUCGCCACGGGACAGUUAACAGUCGGGGACCUAGUCAUGGUCAAUCAGCUUGUAUUUCAGCUGUCUGUACCGCUUAACUUCCUAGGCUCAGUGUACCGUGAACUCCGCCAGUCCCUGCUCGAUAUGGAGACCCUGUUCAACCUGCAGAAGGUCAACGUCAACAUUAUUGAGAAGCCGGAUGCAAAGCCGCUGGAUCUCAGCCGUGGCGGCGAGAUCAGAUUCGAAAAUGUCACAUUCGGAUAUCACCCCGACCGCCCAAUUCUCAAAAACGUCACUUUCACGAUACCUGCCGGUCAGAAGUUUGCUAUCGUGGGGCCUAGCGGAUGCGGCAAAUCCACGAUCCUGAGGUUGCUCUUCCGUUAUUACGAUGUACAAAGCGGUCGGAUCCUGGUUGACGGCCAAGAUUUGCGAGAUGUGAACCUCGAUAGCCUUCGCCGGGCGAUUGGAGUCGUGCCGCAGGAUACCCCGCUGUUCAAUGAUACCAUCGAACACAACAUUCGAUACGGACGGUUGGACGCCACAAACGAGGAAGUUCGCAAGGCAGCUCAGCGUGCGCACAUCCAUGAACUGAUCGAGCGACUUCCCGACGGCUACCAGACGGCCGUUGGAGAGAGGGGCAUGAUGAUCUCCGGGGGUGAAAAACAACGACUGGCGGUUUCGCGUCUUCUCUUGAAAGAUCCUCAGCUGCUUUUCUUCGAUGAAGCUACCUCUGCAUUGGACACGUACACCGAACAUGCGCUUUUACAGAACAUCAACAGCAUUCUAAAGGAGAAGAGUCGCACUAGUGUCUUCGUCGCGCACCGGCUGCGCACGAUCUAUGAUAGCGACCAGAUCCUUGUCCUUAAAGACGGCCAUGUGGCUGAAAUGGGCUCCCACCGGACCCUUCUGGACCAGCAAGGUAUCUACUCGGAACUCUGGAAAGCCCAGGAACUGUCUCUAGCACACGACGUGGAACUCGAACAGAACAUGGAAGUUGAGGAUGCGGAGACCGAGAUGGAUACCACGUCCGAGCGCAAGCAAAAGUAG